AUGGAUUUAGUAAUGGUCUCUCACGCAUUCACGUUUAUCGAUACUAAACACACAGGCCUGCUUGCAAUAUGUCAACGCGAGUUUCGCGAUUGUGUCUUCACGGCCGAAAGGCAAGGCGCAGGUAGUCGUCAAGUCAAGACCAGUGCUCCUGAUUCUGGGCAAGAACCAGAUGCGUCCAAAGGUACUUCACUUGAGACCCAACCAACUUGUCGCCCUCGAAGAACCUCCGAAUCUAUCCGAAGAGUAUCUCGUCGAGAUGGUGAUACGUUGGACUUGAUAGACAAGCCUGACUCUUGCUCGGAUACUACGCGCAGCAGUCAGCCAGAACAAUCAGGUAGCUCUAAGGGACUCACAAAUGCGAUGAUGAGGACUGUGGUUUCCAACGAAAAUGACGCACUCAACAUCUUGUUUGAGGCUGCACAGCAUGAAGCUGAGAUUCAAAGUGAUCGAGGUUCUGUUGGCAGGGAGAAUGACGACGUCAGUCAAGCCUCACGGAUGGUUGGUAUUAUGGCAGAAGCAGCCGUGGCCCACCAAACGCCGAACUUUUCGACAAUUUUCUCCCAACCAAAUGAAUUAACGACCUUGAGCAGUCCUGUUCCAGAUGUGGUGCGCAUCUGGAAUGCAUAUCGCUUUGUCGUCAUGGGUUGGUUCUCCGCUGAGGAAGCAGUGACUCUGGUUGACGCAUUCUUUCGUAAUAUGUCACCCCUAUCACCUGUGCUGGAUGAAUUUUACGCGGACCACGCCAAUCACUAUCACCUGAUCACUCGAGAGCCCAUGCUGUGUUGUAUGAUACUCACCAUUUCCUCGAGAUAUCAUACUUUGCCUGCUAUCGGCGGACAGUCGAGAGGACAUCUAAUGCACCAAAGAUUAUGGGAAUAUUGCCAGAAUCUACUUCUGAGAUUAAUGCUGGGUCAAGAAAAGAGCUCUAAAGCGAAAACACGAACACUUGGUGCUGUCGAAGCAUUGUUGCUCCUUGUCGAGUGGCAUCCGCGAGCUCUCCAUGUACCGCCUGCAGGAGAUGGAUGGGAUUCAGAUCUUUUACUGACGACCAUGAACGAUCGCGACGAUAGGGACGCUGCUGUUGAGAACCCAUCUCGCAGCAGAUGGAGGGAAGAUGUAAUCAACCCUUCUAAACGGUCUGACCAGAUGUCAUGGAUGAUACUCGGCUGCGCAACAUCGCUAGCGAUUGAGCUUGGCCUUCUGAAUGUGAAUGAAGACAAUGAGGAUGAAAGCUUAGGAGACUACGGCCGAAGACUUCGUGCAAGGCGACUUCCUCUUGCAAGAUUGCUCUGCUUAUUCCAGGAGCAUGUGUCCCUGAGGUUGGAUUGCAAGCCCAUGUUACCCGAAGGCAUGACCCACGCAAUGUCAUCAAUGAGAGCCUCGAAGUUGGGUACUCAGAAACGAGGCGAAGAUUCGAACUUGAUCAUGACCGCAUGGAUUGAACUUGCGAAGCUCGAGAGGUCUAUUGCCGAUGUGAUAUUCCCGUCAUCGGUAGUUACAAGGCAUCUGCUUGACACAGGUCGGUAUGUUAGGAUGAUUGAACAUUUCCGUCCUUUACUAUCCAGCUGGAAAGAUCGAUAUCUGGACAAGACAGCGCCAACAACCCCGCUUCGUGACAUUCUAUUUGUGGAGUAUCAGAGUGCCAAGAUUUAUACGAACUCCUUAGGGCUCCAAGCGAUUGUGGAGCGGACCAUUGCGGAUUCCGAGGAAGGUGCUGCUGACAACCAGUUCGGCAUGAGUUCAAUAGAUUAUAACCUUGUCCAAGAGGUUUUGGAUGCCUGUUUGGAAACUUUGAAAGGUGCGAUAAGAGCUGCGGAUAACAACCACUUAUGCUUCGCCCCUGUACGGCUAUUCUUGCGCAUCACGACAGCUUCUGUUUUUCUUCUGAAAGCCCUUGGCCUUGGUGUCAACACGAGUAGAUUAACAGAUUCUUUAGACGUCCUUGCGAGGGCAAUCACUGCACUCAAGUUGUGUAAACCAGACGAUUUACACUUGGGUGCUCGGUAUGCAGCUCUCUUGAAUCUGUACGUAGCAAAGUUACGAGAGAAAUUUGUUCCUGCAACAAAGCCGCCAUUCUUCGCUACGCGUCCGGGUUCGGUCAUUGGUCAAUCCGCGGAAGGCGCUGGCCAGGCCAAUGCUGACUGGCAAAUGGACUUUGAGCCAAAUCUUCAGAAUCUGGAUACAAUACCUCCAACCACUGCCCAAGUCGAACUCGACGAAUCUUGGCUUUCGCUUCCGUUAGAUCCAUCGCUUCAGCCUUUUAUUCCUGGAGACUCGCUGGGGUUUGAGUGGCUCGGUCAAAACUCUCUCGAUUUUAUUUGGAAUUUAGAUAUAAGCUAG